AUGUUCAUAGCACGAUCAGAAUAUGGCCGCCUCUUCCAAGUCGAAUACUCCCUCGAAGCCAUCAAGCUCGGCAGCACAGCAAUAGGCGUCUCCACCGCCGCAGGCGUCAUCUUAGGCGUGGAGAAGCGCAUAACCAGCACACUGCUGGAAACCUCCUCAGUGGAGAAGAUUGUCGAAAUCGACCGCCACAUCGGCUGCGCCAUGUCCGGGCUGCAGGCCGAUGCGCGCAGCAUGAUUGAGCACGCGCGCGUCACGAGCCAGAGCCACGAGUUCCAUUACAAUGAGCGGUUGGGGGUGGAGAGCUGCACGCAGGCGAUUUGCGAUUUGGCGUUGCGGUUUGGCGAGGGCGCUGAGGGGGAGGAGAGUAUUAUGUCGCGGCCAUUUGGUGUGGCGCUGUUGAUCGCUGGGUAUGAUGAGGAGGGCCCGUCGCUCUACCACGCCGAACCCUCGGGCACAUUCUACCGCUACGACGCCAAAGCCAUCGGCUCCGGGUCCGAGGGCGCCCAAGCCGAGCUGCAGAAUGAAUUCCACAAGAGCUUGACGCUGGAGGAGGCAGAGGUGCUGGUGCUGAAGACGCUGAAGCAAGUGAUGGAGGAGAAGCUGGACAGCAAUAACGUGCAGCUGGCGAGCGUGACGCGCGACAAGGGGUUCAGAAUCCACACGGACGAGGAGAUGGCUGGAGUGGUGUCGAGGCUGGAAGGGAGCGGUGCGUGA